UUGUGUCCACUUCCAAGGGGAACUCGACUGGGAGAAGUGUACAUGUGAAAGCUGCAGAAAAAAUCAGUCAUACAGAAAAUCGACAUGGAAACGACAUCUGCAAUGAAUAUAAAUAAUUGGAAAAGUCAUUUGAAAGACUUGAAUGCAUUUCUUCGUGAAAAUGGUGUGGAUACUUCAAAGUUUGAGCGGGAAAUGGCUUCCGGAGAGGGUGUCACGGAAAAAGUUGAUGCACUAAUGGGAUGUUUGUGGUCUAUGGUUGCAGAAUACAGGAGCAAAGGCGAUUUUAUGAAAUCAUCAAUAUCUUUCCUGUUUUCACUAACUAAUUAUCUCGACUCAGUUAUUCCCUACUCUCGUCAACUCAAACAAGUUUUUCCAGUUGUUACGACUUUCUUGAAUCUGGUUUCCAAAGAUAGUGGCACAGUAAAACAAUUGACAGAGGAUGUUCUGGCUGAUGAUGUGGUGAAACACGAAAUUGCAGGCAACAUAGAAAAGCUGUCCACUUCACAAAUAUAUGUUUGUGCAAUAAAUGAUCCCGAAAGCAUAGAAAGGAAGGCAAUACAAUCCAUGAUCGCUAAUGUUAACAUUGACAUUGGUGUGGAACAUAUUGGAAAUUUGAAAAGUCGGAUUGAGAGUCUGAUCUCAU